AUGGCUGUUCUCGACAAACUCCCAGGCGUAGAAGUCACUAUUCGAGUGAACGGAGUCCAAGCUCAGGAAUAUGAUGACGAUGAAGAUAUAGAGGCUGGACCGGGACGGAGCGGCGAAUACCAGGCUUUGAGAACAGUAUCUAAGUAUAUUGAAGCCAUCGAUGGGGCCGAAUUCAGCAUUGUUUGCACUUUGUUACCCAAAUUCAAGUUCAGAGCGCCAAACCUCCAAGCAGAUGUAUCCGUCGAUGGCAAUUAUUCUCAAGGGAAAAUCAUCGCACCCGAAGAAAUAGGAAAAUCCCCAACGCAAUUUGACGGCCCAAUCAAUUUCCAUCCCAUCGGAAACCGGUCUACGGUACAAAAAUACAGGUUUUCUGAGCUUCUCAUAUCGAACGAAGAAGGUCGACUCUCGAACCUGAAAAAGGAUAAGGCCGAAGCCGAGAAGGUUGGUACAAUUGAGAUCAGAAUCUGGCGCGCUUCCAAAUCAGUACCAGCCGAGUCUAUAUAUCGCGAUGAUAUUAAAUCGAGUUCCAAUGAGUUCCAUGAGAAAGCGCUCAAAGGACAAGCGAAAUCACACAAAGUUUCGUAUUCCCCAGAAAUCACUACUUCCAACCAGAGAUGGGUAAAUGUCACAAAACUCGACGGCAAAGAUUACCCCAUAGCCAUUUAUAAGUUUAAAUAUCGAUCAAAAGAAUCUCUUAAGCAACUAAUGAUCAUUGAGCGGACCCCCGAACCGGAAGAUAGCCCAACACCAAGUCCUGCACCAGAUGUUAAUCUCGAUAAUCUGACCGCUGCUCAAAAGGAGCGCCUCAAGGCAUUUCUGCGCAACGAAGGGAUCGCUGCGGAUCGCGCGUCUAAUAAUACACCCGAGAGAAAAAUCAAGCGAGAGCGAGAGCACGGUGAAGGCAGCUCAAACCAAGCACGACGAAAGAAGUCCAGAACUACAGAGGUCGUUGAUCUUACUGCAGAUUCUGACGAAGAUGCGUGA